AUGGAGUCAAGUGAUGUCAGUGAAGUUAAGAAGAUAAGUGAAGUAACGACCAAUGUUGCUGCUGCCUCAGUGGAACGGCUGGAAAACGUAAUACGCCCUCAAGAUCACAAAGCUCAAGGGGCUGACAUACAGUGCACCUCCCCAACCACCCUUCCAGACUUCAGAGUCUCUGAUGACUUUGCCUUCAGUAGGAUCGGAGUCGACUUUGCCGGACUGGUAUAUGUAAGGAAUGUCUACUCAAGAAGCAAAAGAAGUAACAAGGCGUACAUCGCAAUUUUCACUUGCGCGUCAUAUCGCGCGAUUCACCUCGAGAUCGUGCCAGAUCUGUCAACAUCUUCAUUCAUGAGAUGCUUUAAGCGGCUCAUUUUCAGAAGGGGACUGCCACAGUUCAUCAUCUCAGAUAAUGGAAAGACCUUCAAGGGUUCAAGUUUGAAAACCUUUCUUGAGGAAAAUGGCGUAACUUGGAAGUUUAAUGUCCCACGCGCCCCAUGGCGGGGCGGGUUCUUUGAGCGUAUGGUACGUUCUGUCAAACAUUGCCUCAAGAAGACGCUCGGGGCGUCGCGAGUUGACUACGAAGAAUUUGAGACAACAUUGGUAGAAGUCGAGGGUAUUCUCGACUCCCGGCCGCUGACCUACGUCACUGAAGACUUCGAAGAACCACUCACACAGUCUUCGCUAUGCAUUGGACGUAGACUACUCAGUCCGACAUGA